AUGGAAAAGCUAAGAACUCUAAAAGUAGCUCUUAAAAAAUGGAAUGUGGAAGUGUUUGGUGAUGUAGAAUCAGAAUUGAAAGAAGCUGAACGUGAGUUACAUCCUAUGGAUUUACAACCUGAAGUGAGGGAGUUGACUGAGGAGGAAGACGGUCGAAGAAACGAAGUCAAGGAUUUGAUAUGGAAGCUUAGCAAAAGAAAGGAGUGGAUGUGGAUGCAAAAAUUGAGGUUGGAUUGGGCUUUGAAAGGAGAUAGAAACACUAGAUUUUUUCACAUUAUGGCCACCAAGAAGCACAACAGAAACCUAAUUACUUCUGCUUUGGUUAAUGGGGUUGAGGUGGAUGAACCUACUGAGGUCAAACAUGCCACUUGCCAUCACUUCCAAAAUUUAUUUACUGAACAUUGGUGGUUUAGGCCAAGUGUUAGAGGUGAUUUUAAGAAAAUUGCUGUUAAUCAAGUAGAUGCUAUUUUGGAGAGAGGAUUCUCAGAAGAAGAAGUAUGGGCUGUUGUAAAAGAGUGUGAUGGAAACAAAGCCCCAGACCCAGAUGGGUUUAAUAUGAUGCUCUUUCAAAAAGGGUGGAAGUUCUUGAAAGAUGACAUUAUAAAAUUUAUGAAGGAGUCUAUAGCAAUUGUAGAUUGGGGGGGAAAAAGCAUUCUAGAUGGUGUGUUCAUAGCUAAUGAGGUGGUGGAUUUGUGGAAAACAUCUAAGAAAAAGGGUAUUAUUCUCAAACUGGAUUUUCAAAAGGCAUACAACACUGUUAAUUGGAAUUAUUUGUUGCAAAUGUUAGAUAGUUUUGGUUUUAGAUCUGGAUGGGUUCGAUGGAUGAAGGAGUGUAUAGAAUCUGCUAGAAUAUCCAUAUUAGUGAAUGGCUCACCGACAGUUGAAUUUUGUCCGCAGAGAGGGUUAAGACAGGGUGAUCCUCUCUCCCCGUUCUUGUUCAAUGUUGUUGCUAAAGGCUUGAACAUAUUGUUGUCAAGAGCUAAGGAUUUGAGUAUUAUAAAAGGAGUGGUAGUGGGUAAUAGUGAGGUCAUCGUAUCCCAUCUUCAGUUCGCGGAUGACACUAUUAUAUUUUGUGAGGCUGAAUGGGCAGAGAUUAUGGCUAUUAAAUGA